ACGAGUCUUCCCAGUAGGGCCAUGGGCCGGCGGGGAGGGUAUGAGCAGGCUGCUACUACAGGGCACAUGAGCGUCUGUCAUGGGGCUGAGGGGUUGGUAGGCACGCGUGGGUGGAGAGGAGUACACGUGGGGGCGUGUCCGUGUGCAGAGCGGCGUACACGUGUACUGGGUGUGUCUGUGUGCAGAGCAGAGUACGUGUGUAUGGGGCAUGUCCGUGAGCAGAGGGGUGUACACAUGUUCGGAGCGUUUCUGUGCAGAGCGGAGUACAUGUGGUUGGGGCAUGUCCGUGUGCGAAGCAGCGUACACAUGUAUGGGGUGUUUCUGUGCAGAGGGAAGUGUUUGUGUAAGGGUUGUGUUCAUGUGCGGAGAGGUGUAUGGGGCAUGUAUGUGUGCGGGGGGGAGUAAAGGUGUACAGGGCAUGUCUGUAUGUGGAGCGGAGUACACGUGUAUGAGGCAUGUCUGUGUGUGGAGCAGAGUACACAUGUGCGGGGCGUGUCUGUGUGUGGAGCGGAGUACAGGCAUACGGGGUGUGUCUGUGUGCGGAGCGGAGUACAGGUGUAUGGGGUGUGUCCACUCCAUACACGGAGUACAGGUGUACGGGGUGUGUCUGUGUGUGGAGCAGAGUACACGUGCACAGGGUGUGUCUCUGUGUGGAGCGGAGUACAGGUGUAUGGGGUGUGUCCGUGUGCGGAGCGGAGUACAGGUGUACGGGGUGUGUCCGUGUGCGGAGCGGAGUACAGGUGUACGGGGUGUGUCCGUGUGCGGAGCGGAGUACACGUGCACAGGGUGUGUCCGUGUGCAGAGGGGAGUACAGGUGUAUGGGGUGUGUCCGCUCCACACACGGAGUACAGGUGUACGGGGUGUGUCCGUGUGCAGAGCGGAGUACAGGUGUAUGGGGUGUGUCCGCUCCACACACGGAGUACAGGUGUACGGGGUGUGUCCGUGUGCAGAGCAGAGUACAGGUGUACGGGGUGUGUCCGUGUGCAGAGCAGAGUACAGGUGUACGGGGUGUGUCCGUGUGCAGAGCAGAGUACAGGUGUACGGGGUGUGUCCGUGUGCGGAGCGGAGUACAGGUGUACGGGGUGUGUCCGUGUGCAGAGCAGAGUACAGGUGUAUGGGGUGUGUCCGUGUGCGGAGCAGAGUACAGGUGUACGGGGUGUGUCCGUGUGCGGAGCGGAGUACAGGUGUACGGGGUGUGUCCGUGUGCAGAGCAGAGUACAGGUGUAUGGGGUGUGUCCGCUCCACACACGGAGUACAGGUGUACGGGGUGUGUCCGUGUGCGGAGCGGAGUACAGGUGUACGGGGUGUGUCCGUGUGCGGAGCGGAGUACAGGUGUACGGGGUGUGUCCGUGUGCGGAGCGGAGUACAGGUGUACGGGGUGUGUCCGUGUGCGGAGCGGAGUACAGGUGUACGGGGUGUGUCCGUGUGCGGGCAGGGCACGGAUGAGGUUGGCUUGGUAGAAUGAGGUCAAUCCACUACCCUCCAGAUUCUGCGGGCCGAUGCUGGUGUUGCCCCUUUGCAUGUGGCCCUGGUCCGGGAGGAUUUGCAGGCCAGAGCUCCUUGCUGACCCCCUGGGUCAUGGCUCCUGCUGCAUCUGUCUAGAAAUGUGGCCUCGGCCAUGAGAGCUGCCAGCCGCGGCACUGCCUCUGGCCUCCCCUGUGGCCAGCAGAGAACACUCUGCCCUUGGGGGUCACUGAGGGCGAGGGGGGGAUGCGGGGAUGACAUCACUGCCGGGCCCUGGGCUCUGGAGGGCCCUCUGCUAGACACUAGUGCACCAAGAACAUAAGAACGGCCAGACUGGGUCAGACCUAAGGUCCAUCCAGCCCAGU